UUAUUUAGCUGGUGUUUGUCGCAAAUAGGCGUGAACGUUGUAUGUUGAAAAGUAUAAUGAACCGAGGUGUGUACCCUCUAGUUUCUAGUAGUUCGCACCCCUUUCCUCCGUUCUUUUAUUCUAGUCGGGAGGUACCAUUCAAGGAAAAGGUGAAUUUGUUUCAAACUUAAUAAAUUUACCGUAACAAGAGAUAGACAAUUAUUACUUGGCUCACCCGUAGUAGUUUGGUACAUGCUUUGAUCGUGACGUGGCAUAUAGCUUUGUGACGUACUGUAGAUGUAUCGUAGCGCACUAAUUGAAAGAAAGCAACAGGUGCAUCGAUCUCGAUCUAUACUAGUAGGUCGCGUCUCGAUCUCGAGCAUACGUUAUCAAAAAUGAAAAUACUUCGAAUGGAUGAAAUUAUCAUAACCUUACGUUGAAUAUUUAAUUAUAUUAACAAUAUGAUAAGGAUAGUUUGAUACAUCUAGACUCUAGAUCUAAUUGUAUUUUGUAGUUCAGUAAUGUCUUUUUUAAUGGGAAAUGGAAUAAAGAUUCAUUGAUUCUUUUUUAAUGAUAUUGUAGGCCUAUGUCGUGGCAGCUGAUAGCUAUGACUAUAUGUAGUCUCCUAAUAUUUUCUUUCUGUUUCAAUAUUUCAAAAGCUGCUUAAUAAUGGAUGGUAAUGAAAAUAAUGGUAUGAUGACAUUAAGUUCUAGAAAUGCUUCACCUAAUCUGCAUCUAGUUUUCUGUUAAUACAUUUUCUCCUAUUUUCCUCAUUAACAGAAAAUGCCUGCAAGAAGAAAGUAUACAGGGGCCUCACUGGCGGAGGCUGUAAAUAGAGUUAGAUUGGGCGAGCUAUCCCAGAGACAGGCUUCCGCACAAUAUGGAAUACCGAGGGCAACAAUCUUUGAUAAGAUAUCAGGUCGACGACCCCCUGAGAUGUGUGCCAUGGGGCCAUCCCCCUACCUGACCAUGGCCGAGGAAGCGAAAAUUGCCACCUGGGCAAUUCAGAUGUCGAGAAUUGGCUAUGGUAGGACCAAGCCCCAAAUAUUGCAGAUGGCCCAGCGGAUCAUCCGGGAUGAUGGGAGACCCAACCCGUUUAAGGACGACAAGCCGGGGAAGAAUUGGUUCAGUCGUUUUAUGACUAGAAACCCCACCCUUUCCCUGAGGACCCCCCAAGCUCUAGGGCAGGAGAGGGCAGUCCUCACCCCUCAGAAAAUUGACAAGUGGUUCGAGGGACUGCACCAAUACAUGGUGGAGAAGAAUGCAGUGAGCAUCUUAUCAUGCCCGGACAGAAUCUGGAAUGCAGAUGAGAGUGGCUUCGCUCUCUCGCCGACGGGAGACAGGGUCAUCGGGAUGCGAGGGGCGAAGUUCGUGUAUUCAUUUUCGUCGACCACCAAGACCAACUUGAGUACGCUAGAGGCAGCAUCGGCCAGUGGCAUCUUUUGUCCCCCGUUCGUCAUCUACCCGGGGAAGAGGGUCUCCCGGAACUGGAAGCCAAUGGAAGGAGCACCGGAAAGCUGGUUGUACGGCUUCAGUGAGAGUGGAUGGAUGAACUCCGAGCUGUUCUAUUCAUGGCUCGCCAACCAUUUCCAUCCAUUCCUACUGAGCCGUGGAACCCACUUUCCCGUGCUCCUUCUUGUGGAUGGUCACGCCAGCCACGUCGACCUGCAUGUAGCGGAGUUUUGCCAGCAUAACAAUAUAAUUUUGUACAGGUUACAGGCACACGCGAGCCACAUCAUCCAGCCGCUAGACCUGUCAGUCUUUGGACCUCUGAAGAAGGCAUACAAGAAGAGGGAAGGGGAGUGGAAGGAUGCGCAUCCUGGUCAGUUCGUCACCAAGGCAUUCUUUGCCGGCGUGUUCGCCAAUGCAUGGGCGGACAUUAAACCAGAGUUGGCAACGGCAGGCUUCAGAGCGGCAGGCAUAUAUCCUUUCACACGUGGAUAUUGCCGGGACAAACUUGCCCCGUCGCAGGUGUUUACCACCCAAGCUCCACCAGCCGCCCCACCAGCCACCCCACCAGCCGCUCCAGCACUACCACCAGCCGCCCCAGCACCACCACCAGCCGCCCCAGCACCACCACCAGCCGCCCCAGCACCACCACCAGCCGCCCCAGCACCACCACCAGCCGCCCCAGCACCACCACCAGCCGCCCCAGCACCACCACCAGCCGCCCCAGCACCACCACCAGCCGCCCCAGCACCACCACCAGCCGCCCCAGUCAUUCCAGCACCGCCACCCGCCCAAGAAGAACCAUCAACCUCAACCGCCAUGCCAAUAAGACCCAGCACUGCGUAUCAAUAUCGGCCACCCACCUACGUGUCCCCAGCUUUCGACAAGUAUCUCAAGUUUCCCGAGGCAGUGAGGAGUGCCCCAAAGAGGAAGACCGGGGAUGAGCUGCCGAACGCCAUCUCCGGUCUAGACUGGAUCAGGUACCAGACAAAGAGGCGAAGCGACAAGGAGGCUGAAGAGGAAAGGAAGAAGAAGAAAAGGGAAGAAAGGGAAGCUAAGAAGGCAGAGAAGGAGAAGGAGAAGCUAGAGAAGAAGAAGAAGGGAGGGAAGAGAUCGAGGAAGGUGCAAUUAAGGGAAGAAGAAGUCGACGAGAUGGUUUGCAGCGAGUGCCAGGACGAUUUCGACGAUGAAGACGGCAACAACUGUGUAGGGUGCAACUACUGCCCACGGUGGUUUCACGUUGAGUGCACGGAGUUAAUUGGGCUAAAUAUAGAGGAAGUUGAAGCAACCGAUUUUAAAUGCGGGGUUUGCGAUGAAGAGUAAUUUUACGUUUUUAAUAAUUUGUAUUGUUUAAUGAAUCUUCCGUCCAUUUAUUUCUUCCUUUUUUAAAUCAAGCGGGUAUUUUAAGCACUGAUGUGGUUGCAGCCUGCACAGUUGUCGUUGUCUUCAUUGUCGAAAUCAUCCAGCACUCGUUACAAACCAUCUCGUCGACUUCGUCGUUGUCGAAAUCUGUUUUGCUCUCCUUAUUCUCCAUUAUACUUCCCAACUGUUGACGUUGUAAAACCUUUGUUUUUAUACCUAUUUAUUUUGUAUAACUUAGUUUAUUUUCGACAAAAAUAGCCUAUUUUA